AUGUCUGCUCCUCCUGCUUUGGGUGGUAUCAAUGUUGAGUUCUCUACUCCGGCCUUGGACAGCCCCUAUUGGACCGAUUCAUUUAAUGACUGUAUAACCGGCUAUGGUAAAGGAGUUGCUUGUCAAUACGAAUACGGUAUUUCAAAUAUUUUGACUUAUUAUCCAGGUCAGUUGCAAAGCCUUGUACAAUGCGUUCAGGAUGUUUUUGCCACAACCGAGUUUCCGGUCGGUAUAAUGUCGGAAGUCAAUGGAGCCCUUUCGCAAAGUGGAGCGUCUUUAUCCGAUGCGCUCUCGAAUGGGGUGCAAAUAUACGAAAUUGAGGGAACUAUUAAGAGCACCUGUUCGAAAGGUUACCAGUGCUAUUUGAGCGACUACUGUGGUUCUGAUGCACCAGACAAUUCUCUUGCCGGAACGUCUGGAUCUUCCCAAGGCGGUUCAUCUACAGGUGGAUCUUCCCAAGGCGGUUCAUCUCCAGGCAGUUCAUCUCCAGGCGGAUCUUCCCCAAGCGGUUCUGCUCCAAGCGGUUCCUCCCCAAGCGGUUCGGCUUCAAGCGGUUCCUCCCCAAGCGGUUCGGCUCCAAGCGGUUCCUCCCCAAGCGGUUCGGCUCCAAGCGGUUCCUCCCCAAGCGGUUCGGCUCCAAGCGGUUCCUCCCCAAGCGGUUCGGCUCCAAGCGGUUCCUCCCCAAGCGGUUCGGCUCCAAGCGGUUCCUCCCCAAGCGGUUCGGCUCCAAGCGGAUCUUCCCCAAGUGGAUCUGCCUCAAGUGGUUCCUCCCCAAGCGGCUCUGCACCAGGCGGUUCUCCUGCUGGCGAGCCCCCAGCCAUUUCAAACAAUUGGGCUGGGUACACUGCUAACUCGAGCACGACAGAAACUGUGUCUUCCCCUUCCACCACUGUCGUCACUAUUACCUCUUGCUCCGAGAACAAGUGCUCUGAGGUCGCCAUGACCACCGGAAUUACAACCGUCACAAACGAGUUUACUACUUACACCACUUAUUGUCCAUUGACAGCGGCUACCACGUCUAAAGCACGCUCUUACUCUUUUGGUGGACCAUCUGCAUCAAUUGAGGCCGCUGCCUCGUCAAUGGUCAAGGCGGCGUCUACUUUGGUUGUUCAAACUACGCAACCAAACUCAGCGACGGCUUCAUCAUCGUCGGCACCAAAAAUGUCUUCUUCCACCACUGCAGCUGUUUCAACUUUCACCGGCGAAGGCUCUGCAAACGCUGCCAAACCUUUAUACUUCUUGGCGGCCGCCCUCUUGCUUCUCUAG